ACAUAGGAGCAUCUUUGGCACCUUUAUCAUACUUGAACUCCAUUGGCCUAAGUGACUUGGAUUUGUUUUGGCAUGCCCAUAGGGUUUCACCCCAUGACAGUAAAACUAAUGACAGGGGAGAAUCUUAAAAUCCCCCCCUCCUGCCUCACCAGAUUUGAUACAUGCCAACCUGUUGCCUCUUUGCAGAACCAGAAGUUCCUUCCUUUGGUCUAGCUAGCAAGAGAUCUUACUUGUGAGAGGAAGAACAAGAGGAGGAGAGGUAGUAUAGCCUUGGCCUUCUUUCUUCAGAUGAAUUCAGAAGUAGGAAUUCUUGGUUGAGAUUAUACUGCCCAUGCCAGUGAGCUGACAAGAGAGAACAAAAAUGGAGAAAGAACACAUCAAGAUGGCCAUCCUGAAGCAGGAACAGACAUUCAGACAACAGGUCAAUGAGCUGCAUCGUGUGUACCGGGUUCAGAAGCAACUGAUGAUAGAGAUGCAGAGCAUCUCAACCCAGGCUCAAGCAAAAGCAGACAACCGAACCAUACCAAGAUUGGAGAUGGACCAUCAACAAUGGUACAGAAACUCGGGGGAGAAGAAGGCCCCCGAAUUCGUUGAAGAUUUCGACCUUGAACUCACACUGGCAACUGGGGCUGGUAGGAAGCAGGAGAAGCCAUCCAACUCGGACUCCGGAGCAACAGUGUCAUCGUCGACUUCUGCUGAAUCAGAGUCGGAGCAGCGGUUCCCUGAGUCCAAUGUAGCCCUAAGGUUUCAGAAUGAGAGCAAGAGGCAUGAUGAUCAGCUCAUGCAAUCUCCUUGGCUCUAUCAAUGUUUAAGUCUGAAGAUGGCAUGAUGACUUAGCUAUGAUGGGUGGCUUUAUGAGUGUUCAAAAACUCAAAAAUCUCAGAUAAAAAAAAAAGGCUUCUUUUAUGUAUAUGUAUAUGACACUAAUUCAGAGUAACUGGAAGGCUCAAAAGAGUGAGAAAAUGCACACAAAAGAAAACAUGCAACAUGAA